AUGCGCCUCAACCUGGCAGUGGAUCAACAUGCCAAGGCCGCCCAGUGGCAGCAAGCGCUUCACCUUUGGAGUGCGAGUGCGGACCGCAACGAGGUCACCUACAACAGUCUCAUUUCGGCCUGUCACAGAGGGAGCCAGUGGCAACGCGCCCUGAUCGUUUUGAAAGAACUGGAAGAGAAUUUGCAAGCAACGGUGAUUUCCUACAGCUCGACGUUGAGCGCGUUCAGCGCAGCGACUUCCACGACUUCGACGUGGCGUUUGUGGCGUUUGGCGCUGGAUCUCUUCCAGGCCAUGGAAUGCAAGCAGCUGCGCCGCGAUGUCAUCGUCUGCAACGCGGCCAUCAGCGCUUGUGGAGAACGUUGGCGACGCACCUUGAGGUUGCUCCGAGGACUCCAAGGAACUCUGAUCUCUUACAACUCGGCGAUCAGCUCAACUGAAAAAGCGGGUGAAUGGCAAGUGGCCAUUCAGUUGAUGGAAGAGCUGAUGGAACAUCAACUACUUCCGGAUAUUAUCACAUACAAUGCAGUAAUUAGUGCGUGUGCCAAAGGUGGGCGAUGGCAAGAGGCUAUUUCCUUGUACUCUGCACUCGUGGGGCGCCGUUUGAAUCCAAGCGUCGUUACUUGUGGCUCCUUGAUCAGCGCCUGCGAAAAAGCUGGGCGAUGGCAGGAGGCUUUGCAUGUGCUCGAAGAACUUCCAACAUUCCAGGUCAGAGCCAACAUCAUCACCUACAAUUCUGCCAUCAGCUCCUGUGAAAAGCGUGGGCGAUGGCAGAAGGCCUUGUUAAUUAUGGCAGGGACUAGGGAUCGUGGCGUAUCUGCUGAUGUCAUCACCUUCAACUCCAGCAUCAGUGCCUGUGAGAAAGGCAGCCGUUGGCUGCAGGCUUCACAGCUGCUAUCGAUGCUGGCGCUUCGGGGGCGCGCCAACAUUAUCAGCUUCAAUUCGACCAUCAGCGCGCACGAGGAAUGCAGCCGGUGGUCGCACGCUUUGCAAACACUUCAAGAGCUCGGACAUUUUAUCCCGGUUUCAUCACGGAUGACGUGCAACUCUGUCAUCAGUGCAUGUGACAAGGGCAGUCGUUGGUCUCAAGCAUUUUGGUUUCUAGAUGAUCUUCAUCGUCAAAGCCAUCGCCAUGACGUGGUGCUGUUGACCUGUGGGCUGGGCGCCUGCGCUUCUUCUGCCCAGUGGCACCAGAGCUUGGCCCUGGCACUGGCGUCGACAUCGACAUCGGCAUCGACAGACAUUUUGCAGAGCCUGGCCGUCACGGCCUGUGUGCAGCAGCGACACUGGCGAGAGGCUUUAGGGCUACAUGGUCCAGAGGCUGAUGUGCUGACUGUGAACCUCACGAUGGAUGCCGUUGAACGUUUUCGUUACUGGACGCAGUCUCUGCUGCUCUUAGAAGACCUCAGAGCAGCAGAGCGACCAGCCAGCAGACCCAAUGCGGUGUCCUACAGCUGCUGUCUCUCUGCCACAUCUGAGUCCGGCCAAAGUCGCUGGGAGCCAUUUCUAUGUUCCAACUUGGACAUUGCUGGUGUCCAAGCUGUGGACGUGGUAGCCUUCAGGGCUGCCUUUGGCCUAGGGUCGCAAGACCCUGCGCUUCCACUGCCUCGUCGGGAAGGUGAUGCGCAGUCCGACUGCAGCGCCUUGGACGAGGGUGAGGCUUCGUCUCGGCCACAUCGGAUCGAGCUCUUCGCCGCGUCGCUCUUCAACACCCGGACACGGCGGAAGUAUCCUGCGCCCGGUGGGGCAGGUUGGUGUCCUGGCGAUGAGCUGGCAUUAUGCCUCUUCACCGAUGCGGUGCUGGACGGGAAGGUUUCACCGCACGUCCGAUCAGUGAAGAGGCCCAGCACCGAUUUGCAAGAGCAUCCCGAGCAUCCCGGGGUGAAAGAACUCUACGGGAGCUCGAUGGAGUUGGAGCUGCUGCGACCGGUGCAAGAGAACCACACGGAGGUCCUACUGCUUCUUUAUGCCCCGUUCUGCAGCUACUCGCAACACUUCUUUUGGAUUUGGGGCCAACUGAGUUCUGCGAUCCAAGCAGCCACAGGUCCCAAAGAUGGCAGGACACCCAAGGUUUUGCAACUUGCGCAGAUGGAUGCAAUGCAAAACGAGCAUCCACUUCUACCGCCAAUCCGACAGUUCCCAACGUUGUUGCUGUGCCAAAGUGCUGCCAAAGAUGCAGGUGGUGUGGGUUUUCUGACCUAUGAUGGCCCAGCUACGCUGGCAGGCAUCCUCUCCUGGAUUGCGGGACGAUCUGUCUUUGCACCAGCUGGCCUUGAUGCACUAAGUGCAGAAUCCAAAGACUUCUGAGGUCUCGCUGCUUGGUCCAAAACGCAGCGAUGGUCUCGCGUUGGCACCGAAGCUCCAGGACCAGCUCGUUGACAGUCUGCGCCAUUCGGAGCUCGUGCCUUUGAUGGUG